GAAGCUCAAACGGAGCAUUUUAGCAUUUUUUAAACAGUGAAUAAUGUUAGUUAGGUUAGCUGGUGUAUCUGAAACCUGUAGCUAGUUAUAGUUAAGCUGCUGAUUCAUCCAUUUCACUGUGAAAAGCAAAAUGAGGGUGGAACAGCUUCCAGCUCCCAGUAACAACCUCACACCCACCAUCCAGAGAAACCCAGGAACAGCUCUCUUAUCAGGAGCUAUGAAUGGCAGCAUAAAUCCAGCAGCAGCAGCGAAGGAACCAAAAAAUGAUGACCUUCCUGUUAAGAAGGCAUUUACGGCCGAAACACCCAAACUCCCAACCACUGCUCCUAUUAAAAAGAAGACUCUACAGCCAAACUGUAGAGAGACUCAACCGAGACCAAGCAGCCUCCCCUCUGCAGGAAGAGACACUCAGAAGAAGAUGACAAAAGCGAAAUGGCUGUGGAAAUUUUCUCGGUGGAGGCGUCUCCACAGAAGUCUGUGGGACCCCCAAAGUCUUAGGCCCCCAAAACUAACACCCGAUGCUACUACAGUACAGUCCAGACAGCGUGAGAAAGCAGAUGCCAGCGCCAAUAAGAAUUCAUUAGCUCGAUCAAUCAGAUCCAUGCAGCUGUUAACUUCCACCUCAGAGUCUUCCCCCUCUCCUCCUUCCUCUAAAGGCAAAAGGUGUAAAGCCGUCCAUGUGUACCGAACCCGCCGUUACCGGAACCAGUUACUGUGGUACCGGAUCCUGCAGCAUGAGAAGAGGCUCAGAGCUCAGAGAUUAGCCCAGCAGAGCAUCAAGACUCCGUCUUCUGCAGAUUCCUCAGUGAGAAAAGGCACCUCAGAAUACCUGGAUAAACCAGGUUUGAAAUAUCAGCGAGAGGAAAGAAAGAGAAGCCUGCCAUCAGCCCGCAGCUUUCUGGUCAGAAAGAUGUCAAGAAGGACCAAACGCAAGCUGUGGCGUCGCCAGCUGGACAGCAGCAGCUCUGAUUCUCCUGUUUCAGGGAGCAGUGCCAGUGCCACCCCUGUAUGUGCCCACUGUAUGUCCUCCAGAGGUCUUGGCACUAGGAGCUGCCCAACUUUAACUUCAGACUCUUUCACCUCCCUGAAGGACACUCCCUCAACCAACAUGAAAUCAGCUCUGGCAAGUCCAGGUCAACGAUGUGCCGAUAAAAAACGAGUUACGUUCUCAGAUUUUCAAGAGGGACCAUUAUUUUCUCACAUGCAGAAGACCACGAAAUCUCCAAGACCUCUGAAAGAGGUCAAGUUCAAAGAUUCACCAUCUGCAAUUCAAAUCUCUGAGACACCUAGCAGAUCAAAAUCUGCUGUACAGAAGAUGAGACUGCCAAGCACUCCACACGUCUGUAAGAAGAGAUCAAAAUCUUCAACAAGACGCUCUGCUACGCCCAAGCACAAAGUUCAGGCUAAAUCCAUAUCCUCUAUUGACCUUUCAUUGAAGGGGAACUCGCAGUCAGACACGUCCAAAUCACCCUCAAAAGUAUCAAGCUCUCAAUGCUUAGCUUCCCAGAUGAAUCACUCACAGAAGUUCAUCCUCCAAGUAACCCCGAGCCCUAAAGACCCUCAUCAGAGGAAAAAGAAGAAGAAACAUGGCCAAAACAAGCCAACUUCAAAUACCCCUGCAGAGACAACAGCGAGAAUGCAGGCUCAUCCACAAGCCCAGUUUAAGACUCCAUCACCAAGAACAUCAAACAUCCAACCAGAGUACCCCCUUCCUUCCAAAGCAGCAUCGUCCAGCACUUUCAAACGCCCAAUAUCUGCAAGACAGGGAAAUUUAAAGAUUGGGCAUAAUUGCACCCGCAGUACGCAGACGCCGUUCAGAAGGCCAGACACGCCGAGACCUAAAAGCUGCCCCGAAUUUCUGAAAUGGAAGAAGGUUCUUGAGCUCAGAGACAAAAUGACAAGACCUACUUCCAGGAGCCUGUGCAGCUUCCAAGGACACUCGUCAGAAGAAUACGCAGAUAUUCUUCCCUCACCCAGACAGAUGUUCUCAGACAGUUCAUCACUGUCCAUCCAGUUCACACAGAAGCAUGGUCACUCCAGCAGGCCUGCUCUCGACCGUGAGAAUUCUUCUCAACGUCUGGAACAAAGUCAUCAUGGUAAAGCUGCUGUACUGAAUAAGAGGAUGGAGAGCCAGCAUCUCAGCACAUCGUCUCCAUCCAUAACCCUGCAAAUCGCCCAAGAGCAGCGUUCCGGUUCCUCCAGCCCAGAGCUCAGCCAGGCCAUACUCAGUGCCAUGAGACUUUUUUUGAGUAAGCAGCCAGCGGAGGCGGAGUCUACCUCCUUUAACAGCCCGUGCCAUCCGAGUCCUAGCCCUGACACUUCAGCCUCUGGCGGGGAUGCCAGGCAGCGGCCUGUCAGCCAGAGGACAAGUCUUUCAGGAUGCCAGUAUUUUGCUGUUUCUAUCAAACCUCUGGAGCUUUCUCCUCCUUUACCGUUCCUCAGCCAGGACACGUGCCGUCCUGUUGAGCAUAGAGGACCCUUCUGGCUGGUGCAGGAAGGGGGAGAUAACCAUACCCAGUCAUCACCUGAACAAACCCUGACCGAGCGAGAGAUCAAUGGACAAGCUGCAGAACCAGAUGCAAAAAAGGCAGAUAAGAUUAAAUCUGCAUCAAAAAGUAAACGCCAUACUAUAUAGUAACAAAAUCCAGGGAUCUGUGUGUAAAUAGUUCAUACCUAGGUAUUUUGGGAAGCCUCUUUGUUGUAUUUACCAUAAAUGAACAUAGGAUGGCAGCGUUGUGUAACACUGUUGAGCAACCCUGCUCUGUUCUUUGUCUGGGGAUGUGCCAAAAAAAGGAAGAUGUUGAAGAUAAAAAAUCAAAUAAAUCAUAUUUACAAUUUUUUUUU